GUGACCGCUGGCCAAUGGGCGCGCGCCGCGGGGCGUUUGAACGCGGACGGCGGCGCGACCCGAGGUCUGAGGCUGGGGUCCCGGGGGUCCCGGCGCGCGCGGCUGGGCCUUCCCGCGGAGCGUGGUGUGAGCAGAGCGACAGCUGCGGCGGAAGCCGUGGCCCAGUCCUAGAGCAGAAGAUGGCCAAGGAGAGAUGCCUCAAAAAGUCUUUUCAAGAUAGUCUUGAAGACAUAAAGAAACAAAUAAAAGAGAAAAGGAGUAAAAAUUUGACAGAGAUUAAACGGAAGUCUUUGAUCAUUGCGCCGUGCCCAGCAAUCACCAACACUUCCAAAGUGCUAAGCUAUGAAGACAACAACAGAAUGUUAGCCUUAGCUUUGGAAAAUGAAAAGUCCAAAUUGAAAGAAGCCCACGAUGUCAUCUUAAAGCUGAGGAGAGAAUGUUACUUCCUCAGCUAUCAGCUGUACACACUGAAAAAUAAACUUAUGUCACAACAGACAGAAGAACCUGCUCAGAACCUAGAAUUAUGUCCCUCUGGAAUGGACUCCAAAAGUGGAAUGGACUCCAAUAAUGACAGCACCUCCAGAGAUUUAUUUGUGAAGCAUUUACCGCAAGUUCUUGAGGAUGCUGACUGUCCAGGACAAAAAGAAUCAUUCCAAGUAGAAGAGCCAGUACCUACUAUUUCUCAAGACAGACCAGGAUUUGAUUUGGAUUCAAGUGAAGAUAAGUCAACUGAUAUUGUCUUACCUAGAACUAUAUCUCUCCGUCGUGGUUUAAAGAAAUACAUUAACAGUCCAUGUCAGACUAGUGCUGUGGACGAUUUUGGAAUCAGUCAUUUGUCAGAGGACUCUUUGGAACUAGAAAGGAUUAGAUUUGUAGGCCCACCAGUAAACACACGGAUACCUGAAAACGUAGAACAAAGUGUUUGUCGGUACAACAGGAGUCAAAUUUACUUAUCACCAAGGCUCAUUCACCCAGGACGAUCUGCCAAAACAAAGAAAGACGUUUAUGACUGUAAAUCACAACAAACUAAAAGUAAGCACAGAGAUGCCAAAGAAAGAAAAGGAAAAGAGAAAGCUAACAAAAGGGGAAAAUCAAAAUCUGUAUCAAAGUAUAAAGGGAGCAAAAGUGAAAAUAAAACUGUUUCCCAAAAAAAGUUGAAUGAAGUUGUCACCUCCUGUGAUGCUUACAAUUUUAAUUUGGAAGAGGGUGUUCACCUUACUCCUUUCCGGCAAAAAGUGUGCAAUGAUGCUGCAGGAGAAGAAACCAGCAAUGACUCUGAAGUGAGUGUCUGUGAAUCAAGCUGUUCAGGAGAUGAUUCUGAUGACCUCUAUGUUCCCACAUGCAAGUCCAGUCCAGAUCUCAGCAGUGAAUCAGCCAGGAGUCCGGUCCCCAGGCCUCGGCCUAAACGAGCACUGAGACGUGCGGGCUCUGAGACAACGGAGACUCCUCCUGGUGCACUGCCUGAAACUCACCAGUCGCCUCAUUUUAGCCUGAAGGAUAUCACGAAUGUCCCUUUGUAUCCUGUGAUGAAAACCAGAAAGCUCUCUCUUUCUCCAAAGAACAACGCCGAAAGCCCACCAGUGUCUUUACGUAAACGCCGGUGCACCGCCGCCGUCGUGAGCUAUAAGGAACCCACGCUCGCUUCGAAGCUGAGGAGAGGGGACCCUUUCACAGAUUUGUGUUUCUUGAAUUCGCCUAUUUUCAAGCAGAAAAAAGAUUCCAGACACUGUUCUAAAAAAAAAACGUGAAGCAAGUACAAUGAAGCCUGUGUUAGAUGCUAUUGAAAUUCAUCCUACACCCGAUUCUGUGGCGCCAAGAGGGAAUCUGUAAAAGUAUUCAGAUGGUUGAACUAUUGCUAUAGAAUAUUCUCUUGACAAGACUAUAGAUCAUGACCAUGUCUUCAAAACUGUGCUUCAGAAGUGAUGUGUCUUCUUAGACCUUUGAUACAUUUGGUUUAUUUUUCUUCUAGCUAUAAAUAACUGGACUGAAGCACUGUCAUAGUUUAUAUUUUUUUAUAUUGCCUAAAAUUUAAUUGAUGUAUCUUAUACCAACAUUGGGAAAUUAGUCAUGUUUCUUCAAAUUAAGAUGUUUUCAUUAUAAGGCAUCUUUUUAGACAGACUGAAGAUCUUUUGAAACUCUUUGUACAGUGCUUGAAUGAAAUGAACCCUUGUCAUUCAUAGCAGAGUAUGCACUAAGCUGUUUGUGGGUUCCUUAUACCACGCUGUAUUUGACUUUCUCAGACAGAAUGUGUAUGAGAUGGCGACUGGAGAGCUGGAGGUCGCUUAGGCCCAGAGACUGGGCAAGCGGCUGCCUCUGGACCCACAGCGCUACAUGUCUGUUGCUGGGAGCGAUCACUAGCAAAGCCACAGACCAUUGUGUCAUGGCCUGUCGGCAGAGUGCCUUGUUUAGUCAGAAAUGCCAAGUGCUGGAUGUGUGAGAGCCAAGGCCUUUUCUGUCCAUUUGAUAAAAUUCCUAAGUCCACGGCUGAGGGACACUCCAGCGGCAGAAGGGACGCGUGCUCAAACCCGAAGCCGUGAACUCACUCGGGUCAGGGCCUCAGGUGACGUGAAGCCAGUUUGCGACCCAGCCAACCUGGGACCCCGGUGUGGAGAGUAGACGGCGGCCCGCGCUGGAGUGGAUCUGGCCUGGUUUAACUGCUCCAACCUGCCCGGGGAGGAUCAGCUGGCUUGGGGUCUCUGCCUCUGCCUGUAAAUCCUGGUGUGACUUCGUUUCCUCAAGGUUCCUAAUUAAAGAAUAGAAUCUACCUUUCUAAGAAAAAAGUAAAUUCAGUGAGAGUUCGGUUCUGAGAGUUUGAAGCUCACGCUUUUAUAUGUGUCUAUAAAUUUCGAUUCGUGUCUAGAGAGCAAUAAAGUUUGUAUGAGGCAGCACGCUUGUUCUUCCCGCUCUUUAAACACAGACGCGCCCUGUCUCUGGUCGACUCUGCCUCCAGCCGCCACUGCUCUCGCCCUCCAGGGACGUUUCUCCCCCAAACCUUGGCUUUCCCGUGGUCGUCGCCUCGGUCACAGUGCCAUCCUCACGAGUCUCCUCUCUCUCCUCUUCUCACGGGAGCCUCCCGUGGCAGUGUCUGUCCCAGCUGCCUCUCCAGCCCUGACCUCGAGCUCUCUACUGCACCUCCACGCCCGCCUGCGCUCCGUGCGAGUCAGCCCAGACUUGCCUGCCCCUGAUGGAGUCACGGGCUCACGUGCCCUACUCUGCCACCACAGUCUUCUUUUUCCACUUUGUUUAUUCAGCUACUGCCCUUCCACUUGCUGUUUGAAUUCAUUCAAACUCUAGGAUGGCUCUUAGGAUUCAGUACAGUUUUUAAAGCUUAACUUCCCAGUCACAGCUGCUGCAUUGCAGGUGCUCAGUAGCCACAGAUGACUCGUUACCACACUGGGGACAACACAGAGAUAGCCCAUUCCUGUCGCUCCAGAAAGUCCUGCUGGACUGGAGGCUCUUCUAGGCCAGCAGCGUGCAGCCUGCAGGUCCAAAUAAAACUUGUUUCUGUCUUAAUAAUAAAAAUGCAUUCAGUGAAAAAGAAUGUUUUAUAAAGUAUAUUUUUCUUUAAAUCAAAAAUUACUGUUUUUAACACAGUCUGCUUUUGCAUGGUCUGCAAGGUAAAGAUGCUUUUUUUCUUUAAAUCAAAACCUUGCUAUUAAUUUAUUUUAUCCCUUAAGCUUGCAAAGUCUAAAAUAUUUACUCUCAACCCUUUACCCCCAAAGCUUGCCAACUCCUGCUCUUCGCCACUGCCUGCCUUUCCUGUUGAUUACUUCAUGGAUCUUUCUCUUCUGACAUUUUUCGAUCUACCUUUAUCCUCGCCUUCCCUUCAUCUCCAGACUCGAUUAUUCUGAAUUUGGUGGUUUCAUUUACCUCUGGCCCUGCUGGGUCUCCGUUGCCGCGCGGACUUUCUCUAGUUUCUCUGCUGUCUGCUGCGGUGCGCGGGCGUUCCCUGCAGCGGCCCCUCUUGCUGCCAAGCACGGGCUCUCGGUGUGCGAGCCUCGGCUGCGGCAGCGCGCCGGCCGUGUUUGUGGCUCGCUGGCUCCAGGGCCUGUGGGCUUCAGCGGUGGUACUAGUGGCUCCUCAGCAUGUGGGACCUUCCUGGACCAGGGGUCGAACCUGUAUCCCCUGGACCACCAGGGAAACCCUGUACUUCCAUAGUUCCGUAUUUCACUGUUUCUUUAUUCUUGUCGUAGUGUUUAUCCACAGGCUAUUAAAAUUGCUUUGUAUUUUAACAUUUUUA